GAGGUUUGCUUCCGGGCGUCUCUUUUGCUUCCCUUUCCCUCCCUCCCUCACGCUUCAUCCCCUCCCCCUGCUCCCUUUUCCGUACGGUUUCGUUCUUCCCCGUCGAGGCCGACCCCAGAGUCUCGAGUCUGGGGUCUGGUUGGUGAAAAGAAGUGUUGUAGUUGGAGGCAGGGAGGUGUGGGAAGUACUGUUAAUUGAGGGGACAACAGCAUGUCUUCCAUCCCUGGGUGCAUUGGUUUGGGUGCAGCCGCAGCUGCGGUGGAGUCUGAUGAGAUCGCAGAGCUGCAACAAGCGGUGGUUGAGGAGCUGGGUAUCUCAAUGGAGGAACUGAGGCAGUUCAUCGAUGAAGAACUGGAGAAGAUGGACUGUGUACAGCAGCGAAAGAAGCAACUAGCGGAGUUGGAGACGUGGGUAAUACAGAAGGAAUCUGAGGUGGCCCAUGUUGAUCAGCUCUUUGAUGAUGCAUCCAGGGCAGUGACUAACUGUGAGUCUUUGGUGAAGGACUUUUAUUCCAAACUGGGACUACAAUACCGGGACAGUAGCUCUGAGGAUGAAGCCUCCCGGCCUACAGAAAUAAUCGAGAUUCCUGAUGAAGAUGAUGAUGUCCUCAGUAUUGAUUCAGCCACAAAGGUUUUCAAAGGUGAUGCUGGGAGCAGAACACCCAAAGACCAGAAGCUCCGUGAGGCUAUGGCUGCCUUAAGAAAGUCAGCUCAAGAUGUCCAGAAGUUCAUGGAUGCUGUCAACAAAAAGAGCAGCUCCCAAGAUCUGCAUAAAGGAACCUUGAGUCAGAUGUCUGGAGAACUGAGCAAAGAUGGUGACCUAAUAGUCAGCAUGCGCAUCCUGGGCAAGAAGAGAACUAAGACAUGGCACAAAGGCACCCUUAUUGCCAUCCAGACGGUCGGACCAGGAAAGAAGUACAAGGUGAAAUUUGACAACAAAGGGAAGAGUCUACUGUCAGGGAACCAUAUUGCCUAUGAUUACCACCCUCCUGCUGACAAGCUGUUUGUGGGCAGUCGAGUGGUGGCCAAGUACAAGGAUGGGAAUCAGGUCUGGCUCUAUGCUGGCAUUGUAGCUGAGACACCAAACGUCAAAAACAAGCUCAGGUUUCUCAUUUUCUUUGAUGAUGGGUACGCUUCCUAUGUCACACAAUCUGAACUGUAUCCCAUUUGCCGGCCACUGAAAAAGACAUGGGAGGACAUAGAAGACAUCUCCUGCCGAGACUUCAUAGAGGAGUACAUCACAGCCUACCCCAACCGCCCUAUGGUGCUACUCAAGAGUGGCCAGCUUAUCAAGACUGAGUGGGAAGGCACAUGGUGGAAGUCCCGGGUCGAGGAGGUGGACGGCAGCCUAGUCAGGAUCCUCUUCCUGGAUGACAAAAGAUGCGAAUGGAUCUAUCGAGGCUCCACACGGCUAGAGCCCAUGUUCAGCAUGAAGACCUCCUCAGCCUCCGCACUAGAGAAGAAGCAAGGGGGACCGCUCAGGACACGUCCAAAUAUGGGUGCUGUGAGGAGCAAAGGCCCUGUGGUCCAGUACACCCAGGAUCUGACCAGUACUGGGACCCAGUUCAAGCCAACGGAGCCCCCACAGCCUACAGCCCCUCCUGCUCCCCCUGCCCCCCCUGCUCCCCCUGCCCCCCCUGCUCCCCCUGUGUCCCCGCAGGCAGGUGACAAUGACAGCUUGGAAAGUCAGCUUGCCCAAUCUCGGAAGCAGGUAGCCAAAAAGAGCACAUCCUUCCGACCAGGAUCUGUGGGCUCUGGUCAUUCCUCCCCUACAUCUCCUGCACUCAGUGAAAAUGUUCCUGCUGGGAAACCUGGGAGCAACCAGACAUAUAGAUCACCUUUAGGCCCAACAGCCUCUGCCCCAGCAGCGCCCCCAGCACCUCCCGUGCCCCCAGCCUUCCAUGGCAUGUUAGAACGGGCCCCAGCGGAGCCCUCCUACCGUGCCCCCAUGGAGAAGCUCUUCUAUUUACCUCAUGUGUGCAGCUAUACGUGUCUGUCUCGAGUUAGACCUAUGAGAAGUGCACAGUACCGGGGCAAGAACCCACUGCUGGUCCCGCUGCUCUAUGACUUCCGGCGGAUGACAGCCCGUCGCCGAGUUAACCGCAAGAUGGGCUUUCACGUGAUCUAUAAGACACCCUGUGGCCUCUGCCUUCGGACAAUGCAGGAGAUUGAACGCUAUCUUUUUGAGACUGGCUGUGACUUCCUCUUCCUGGAGAUGUUCUGUUUGGAUCCGUAUGUUCUUGUGGACCGCAAGUUUCAGCCCUAUAAGCCUUUUUACUACAUUCUGGACAUCACCUAUGGGAAGGAAGAUGUCCCCCUAUCCUGUGUCAAUGAGAUUGACACAACCCCCCCACCCCAGGUGGCCUAUAGUAAGGAACGAAUCCCUGGCAAGGGUGUUUUCAUUAACACAGGCCCAGAAUUUCUGGUCGGCUGUGACUGCAAGGAUGGGUGCCGUGACAAGUCCAAGUGUGCCUGUCAUCAGCUAACUAUCCAGGCCACAGCCUGUACCCCGGGCGGCCAGAUCAACCCUAAUUCUGGCUACCAGUACAAGAGACUAGAAGAGUGUCUGCCCACAGGAGUUUAUGAGUGUAACAAACGUUGUAAAUGUGACCCAAACAUGUGCACAAACCGGUUGGUGCAGCACGGACUCCAGGUUCGGCUACAGCUAUUCAAGACACAGAACAAGGGCUGGGGUAUUCGCUGCUUGGAUGACAUUGCCAAAGGAUCCUUCGUCUGUAUUUAUGCAGGCAAGAUCCUGACAGAUGACUUUGCAGACAAGGAGGGCCUGGAGAUGGGUGAUGAGUACUUUGCCAAUCUGGACCAUAUCGAGAGUGUGGAGAACUUCAAGGAAGGAUAUGAGAGUGAUGCCCCCUGUUCGUCCGACAGCAGCGGGGUGGACUUGAAGGACCAGGAAGAUGGCAACAGCGGUACAGAGGAUCCCGAAGAGUCCAAUGACGACAGUUCUGAUGAUAACUUCUGUAAAGAUGAGGACUUCAGUACCAGCUCUGUGUGGCGCAGCUAUGCUACCCGGAGGCAGACCCGGGGCCAAAAGGAGAACGGACUGUCUGAGACGGCUUCCAAGGACUCCCGCCCCCCAGACCUUGGGCCCCCCCAUAUUCCUGUCCCUCCAGCGAUCCCUGGGGGUGGCUGCAAUCCGCCUUCCUCUGAAGAGACACCCAAGAAUAAGGUGGCCUCAUGGUUGAGCUGCAAUAGUGUCAGUGAAGGUGGCUUUGCUGACUCUGAUAGCCGUUCAUCCUUCAAGACUAGCGAAGGUGGGGAAGGCCGGGCUGGGGGAGGCAGAGGGGAGGCUGAGAAGGCCUCCACCUCAGGGCUGGGCUUCAAGGAUGAGGGAGAUCUCAAGCAGGCCAAGAAAGAGGACCCCGAUGACCGAAACAAGAUGUCCUUAAUCACUGAAAGCUCUCGAAAUUAUGGUUACAAUCCUUCUCCCAUGAAACUUGAAGGACUUCGCCGCCCACCUAGUAAGACUAGUAUGCAUCAGAGCCGACGACUCAUGGCCUCUGCUCAGUCCAACGCUGAUGAUGUCUUAACACUGUCCAGCAGCACAGAAAGCGAGGGGGAAAGUGGGACCAGCCGGAAGCCUACCACCGGCCAGACUUCAGCCACAGCAGUGGACAGCGAUGAUAUCCAGACCAUCUCCUCUGGCUCUGAAGCAGAUGACUUUGAGGACAAGAAGAACAUGUCUGGUCCAACAAAGCGCCAGGUGGCAGUAAAAUCAACCCGGGGCUUUGCUCUUAAGUCAACCCAUGGGAUUGCCAUUAAAUCAACCAACAUGGCAUCCGUGGAAAAGGGGGAGAGCGCACCUGUCCGUAAGAACACACGCCAGUUCUACGAUGGGGAGGAGUCUUGCUACAUCAUUGACGCCAAGCUCGAAGGCAACCUGGGCCGCUACCUCAAUCACAGCUGCAGCCCCAACCUGUUUGUCCAGAAUGUCUUUGUGGACACUCACGAUCUUCGCUUCCCCUGGGUGGCCUUCUUUGCCAGCAAGAGGAUCCGGGCCGGGACCGAGCUGACUUGGGACUACAACUAUGAGGUGGGCAGUGUGGAAGGCAAGGAGCUGCUGUGCUGCUGCGGGGCCAUUGAAUGCAGGGGGCGGCUUCUUUAGAGGACAGCCUUCUUCUCAACGUCCUGAACCCUUCCCAAAGCAUCCUUUCCUCAGGAACUGGGUCUUCCUGACUCUCCGACUCUGACCCUGCCUCCAGUCGCGCCCCUCCCCCGGCUCCUAGUAGGUAGAAAUGGGGGCUCUGGAUCAGGAGGUCCCUUCCAAUGUGGUGCUAGCAGGCAAGGUCCCUCCUCCACCUCCUGAAGCGCCAGGGGUGGGGAGAGGUCACCACACCAACUGGGCCUGACAUCCGUCGGUCCUCCUGUUACUCCUCCCUCCCAGCCUGUGUGUGUUCAAGUGUCCAUGCUUCUGACAGACUUUAUUCCUGGAAUGAGGGCUGUGCGUUUACUAUCCUUCAUUUGUAUGGUUUCUUGAACGUCUUUUAACAAGAUGUUAAAACUAAGAUUGUGAUUUGAUUUCUCUUUCUCAGUCCCCACACUUCUAGCUCUGGGUCUGUCUGGAACAGCACUGUUUCCCCCCCACCCUUCCCAAGGUGCAGCUGUCAUUAAUCUCUUACCCUCCCUACCUUGGCUUUUUCUUAUUUGCCAUAUGAAAUUUAAAAAUGAAAACAUCACAUAACCAUGAGGAAGACUACCUUAGUUUAUUUAGUUGAUCCCCCUUCGCAGUUCCUGCUAGUCUCAGACACUUGUUGCCAUGUUUUCAUCUUUAAUAUAUUUUAAUUAAAAAAAAAAAACAAAACACCAUUAACAGUACAUUUUGGUCUGAA